AUGUGGGGCAUUCCCCUCAAAUACAUAUCCCUCGUCACCCUCACCGUCCAGAACUCCGCCCUCAUCCUCGUAAUGCACUACUCCCGCAUCAUGCCAACCUCAACCACCACCCCCAACGCUCCCCGCUACUUCACCUCCACCGCAGUCUUCCUCAACGAAGUAAUCAAACUCUUCAUCUGUGCCGCUAUCGCAUUGCGUGACGGGAAGAGACGGGAUGGUGCGAGUUUUUCGUUGCGUGCGUUUGGGAAGGAGGUUUUUGGGGGGGAUGCUUGGAAGUUGAUGAUCCCGGCUGCGUUGUAUACGUUGCAGAAUAACCUACAAUAUGUUGCGGUGUCGAAUUUGGACGCAGCAAGCUUUCAAGUAACCUACCAGCUAAAAAUCCUCACAACAGCACUCUUUUCCGUCACGAUGCUCCACCGCUCUCUCUCCCUCCUCAAAUGGAUCUCACUCAUCCUCCUCACGGCCGGUGUCGCAAUCGUACAACUCCCCACCUCCACCACCACCUCCUCCCCCGCCGCCUCCCACACCACAACAGACAUGAAGCCAACCCUGGGCCUCUUCGCCGUGUUAGUCGCAUGUCUAAUCUCCGGCCUCGCAGGCGUCUACUUCGAAAAAGUCCUCAAAGGCACUUCCGCAACCCUCUGGGUCCGAAACGUCCAGCUUUCGUGUUUCUCACUCGUCCCGGCGAUCAUUGGAAUGGUGUCCAAAGAUGGUGUACAGAUUCGGGAUUUGGGGUUCUUUUGGGGGUAUAAUCCGGUUGUGUGGGGUGCGAUUAUCUUGCAGGCGGCUGGGGGGAUUGUGGUUGCGUUGUGUGUUGCGUAUGCGGAUAACAUCAUGAAAAACUUCGCGACCUCCGUCUCUAUUUUGAUUUCGUUCAUCGCAUCCGUUUACCUCUUCUCUUUCGUCAUCACGAUGAACUUCGUGAUCGGGUGUAGUGUGGUGUUGUUUGCUACGUACCUUUAUACGAAGCCGGACGCACCAAAGAAGGACGGGUAUUUGCCUGCACCGGCACAUGCGCCCCAUGAGAAUGGGAAGAAGGAUGAGAGGCAGGCCUAG